GCGUGUGUAUAUUUACCUAGCUAUAUCUGUAUAUAUGCACAAUUAAUAGAUAGAUAUACGCGCGAGCAAGUGCGACAGUUGCCAAGACUUACGUGCGACGAAAAAUCAAGAAAAACGAAGCGAGAGAGUGCGUCUCUUGCGCUCUUGUCGGUGAAUUUCGUUGCUCUCUCGUGCGUGUUUCAUCGUUGAACCGCGAGUUUUCGCGGAAGUCGACGACUACGACAAAGAUAUUCGCCCAAAGCGAGAGAAAGUGUGUGUAGUACAUCGAAGGGGCCUGGAGCUUCCUUUUUAUCGUGCUCACACACACACGUACAGCAGCAUUUCGAGCUACAACGUCGUCAACCCCGUCGACACGCAUCACAUACACACACACACAGUCGCAGCUCCGAACUAGCAACAAUCUCGCAAUAAUAUAAAACAUUUGCGAGUUGUCUUUUGUUCGUUGACGAGCUGUGCACACCGUUCUCUAUCUGUCUUACGCUGUCUCGCUCUCUCUCGAGUGAGAGAGACAGUCAUAACACGCUCGCAAACGUAUAUACCACCGAGCCCGGAGUACAGCCCUUUGUUCUCCUAUAUACGAGUCAGUCUGUACAGAUACCUGCGCUCGGCAGUGGAUAUUUUCAUGCGAUAAAAUAAAAAAAUCACAAGAGGGCUUACUACCCAAUGUACAUAAGACAGUUACGCAGCUAUCGUCGUCGGAUCAUUACGAUACGAGCGUGAUAUCGUGGCUGAGAAUGGAUGACAAUUACGUCGUUGAUGAAGCAAUAAAACAAGCUUAACUUAGUCAAGAAAAGAGCACAUUGCUUCUUUACUAAACCUCAACUUAAGGCUGUAAUAAAUACUGUAUUAAAGGAAAGCAUAUUUUCCAGCUCUUAUCACGGAUUUGUGCAGAUAAUUUAGUGAAUGAUAGUAUAACUAGUCAAAAGCGAGCAAAUUUUUUUACUGAAAAUUGUUGUUUGUAAGCAAGGUUCCUAAGAAUUUCUCAAGUUGUUAAUUAACUACAACCAUUGUUCAAGCAAGCGUCUCAUUGAUCUCUCAGUAUAACUGUUAAAUAAUAAGCUAAUUUCAACGGCAUAGUAAUUUAACUUGUCACAGAAUUCAGUAUAAAAGAAUAUUAUUCAGUUUUCAAUUGAUCUGAAUGAAAUUGAUAAAUAUCAGCAAGUUGGCCAACGUUAGAGCAUCAAAGGCUCUUUAGAUUAAAAUUGGUGAAUCGAGCAGGUAACUGUUUUGGUCUUUCUGAUGAGCACAGCAAAGUCAGGGGCCAUCCUCGAACAGUUACAACAACCUGGGGAUCGGCCCCGGUUGAGCUGACUAAAAGGCUUCAAACAAUAGUCAGUUAUUUGAUGACCAUCAAGCCAGAGCAGCUAGGAGUUUGCCUUGACCUGCUGCAGCUGCAUCACCAUCUUCUAUCAAGAGCAGCAGUCAGAAGAGCAUGAACAUGUUGUACGUAUUUCAUGUUGAAACCGGCUGCACCUACACAUUCGAGAUCAAACAUGCUCUGGAUAGCGUGCUCGAGCUGAAGGAGGCUAUCGAGCGAGAAUGCGACAUCCCGGUGUCGGAUCAGGUGCUGCUGAUGAGCGGCGGCGAGUGCCUCGACCCGUCGACUCGAGUCUGCACCUACUCGGCGGGCACCGACACCACCAAUCCGAUCUUCCUGUUCAGCAAGGGCAUCAUCGCGAAGGACACGCCUCCGGUGCCGAAGAUCGACACUGGUUUCGAUACGGACCUGCAGAACCAGCUGGACGAGCUGGUGGACGCGCCGCCGACCUUCAGCACCCUCGUGUCGCGCGCCCAACUGUCCCAGCAGUACCUGAGCCUGGCCAAGGACCAGGAACGCAUCUGCGCGCGCCUCGUGCACGAGCAGCACCAACAGCAGCAGGGAUGGUUUGCUUGCAUCGCCAAUCUCGAGGACAUCUACGACAGCUUCCAGGGACGCAUCAAGGACUUCGAGCACAACUUCACCGGGUACCUGGAGGCGCGUAGCCGCCAUUUGAACCUCGUCGGCUGCUUCACCGAGGAUAUUCCCAUUCUCAGGAAGAUACCGAUUUUGCCGGCACUGAAGGGCUACGCCUUGGGUGACUUCGGCAUUAGUCCUGACGAUGAGCCGCGUCAACUGCAGAUCGAGAACGGCAAUCAACAACAACAACAACAGCAGCAGCAGCAGGAGCAACAGCAAGAAGAUGGAAAUAUGAUCGUUGGUACUAACGAAAGGUCGAUCACUCUCUGUGAGUGGAUUUCGACAAAGGACACUCGGACCACCUUGGAGGAAGCGUGUGAAUCAUACUCCCGGGGGAUCGAACUAUAUGACGAAAACACGCUGGAACAGUUGAAGAUCGAUAUCAACAACUUGCUGCUGCCGGCUGCGAAAUCGGAGAUGAAGGAGAUCAAGGGUCUGGGCGAGCGUCUGUACCAGCUAGAAGCGCUGAUGGUGCAAGUGAGAAAGCUGGUCGCCGAGCAGAACGAUCUCGCGCAGAGCUUUCAAGCGAACAUGAAACGCGUGUCGAAUCUCAACGACGACAGCGUCCUGCCCGAUCUUAGCGAGUCCCAUAUCAAGCAGCUUCUCGUCAUGCAAAAAAAUCACAAUCAACUUAGGGACAUUCGUCGGAGGUGUACCAAGGCAAAAGAGGAAUUGUCAGCGAGUUUGCAUCGUCGACUCAAGUGGGUGGUGGAUCUCGAAUGCAAGUUGUCUGCGGUAGACGCCAACCUCCUCAUGAAUGGGGAGCAAACCAAACGAAUGCGCCGCCAGCUCGACAUACUCUACCAGAUCCACACGUCUCCGGAGAUGUAUCUCAUGGCCGUAUGCGAGGUCGUGCGUCGGCGCACCUUCUCCCAGGCCUUCCUGCUAUGGGCCAGGCAGCUGUCCGAUCAACUGCGUAGCGUCCACAACGAGGAGGUCGAGCGACGCAACACAUUCAUGGUCAGAUUCGGGACCCACUUUCUCACUCCGCUAUUUCCCGGUCUUGAGGACAUUCCCCCUCCGUUCGCCACCGUGGCACCACCGAGCUUCGACACCAACUUGCCCAAAUUGACGGCAGAGGACAUAGAGCUUCUCAAGAGGCUGGUGCCCGAUCUGGCCGACAGUGUAGCGACGCCUGACCUUAACAGUAUCACACAGUUUUUCCUGUCGAAAAGCCUCAGCGACAGCAACAGCGAUGUUAACAAGGAAAGUAACUCGAUGCCUGUAGAUCUUCCACCCAAAGACCAGGAAACUAUAAAGCCUACAUUAGUUAGUGACAGAGGAGAAUUCGGAUCAGAGACGGACACAGAUGAGUUCGAGAAAAUCGGCCAAGCUGCUCUGGAUUCGAAACUCACAUCGUACGAGGGUAGCGCUAAACAACAUCCUACGCAGCAACAAUUUUAUAUCAAUCAUUUGGAGGAAUGCGUGGCCAAAAGUCGGGAAGAGAACGAACGUCUCAGAAAUCUCGUGCGAAACAUGAAAUCCGUCACAAGCGAUUCUCUGCUCAAUCUCCGUGGUGAAUUAAAUAUUUUGCGCGAGCACACCAUAAGCGAGCGCACAGCUGCAAGCGAAAUCGUAGACAAGGUUGGCCAGAUGGUUAACGUUCACAUGGAGUCACUGAGGCAACGGGAACAGGAGAUGACUGUCGAUCACGAGCUGGAAAUGGCAGAUUUGAAAAAGUUACUGUUGCAAAAAGACGAGGAAUUGCAAGGAAUGAAACGAGCAUUGAUGGAAAAGGAACAAGAAGUGCAAGAACAGGAAAGAUUGGCGAGGACCAUCAUGAGAAAAUAUGAGGCUGAACUACAGCAAGUUAACGAAUUUAGAAAUGUUUACGGGCAAAUGAAAGAAAGACUUGAACACGCGCAAGCGGAAAAGGAAAAUUCCUUGAAAGAGUUAAGCGAAGAGGCCCUUCUGAAGACCAACCGUCUUGAAAGCGAUUUAGAACAGUGUCAAAAAAGAAUACGCGAGUUGGAGGCCAAAGCUGUAACUUCUGAGAUGGAACACCAAAAGGCGUUCAAAGACGAGCUUGAAAAAAUACAAUUAAACUACAAAGCUCAACUGGAUACCAUAAGAAGCCGAUUUAAAUUAAUGACAGCUUCAGCCAUGGAACGAAGUCCCAGCGAUUCUAGUUUAGAAAAGAUUGAGAGAGUCGAUGUGAUCGAGCUUGUCAACCACGAGACAAUACUUGCACAAACCAAGAAGGAUUUCGAACUCGAAAAGGAAGAGGCAAUAAAGAAGGCCGUCCGAGAAGAACGAACAACUUUGACUCGCGAUUUGCGUAUGGCUAACGAAAUCAUAAGUCAACAUGAACGAGAUCUUUUAAUUUAUCGACAGCGUGAAAGUGCUUUACUUGAAGAAUGCAAACAUCACAAGGACGCUUUGCAGCAACGACUUGACCAAGCUGAAAAUGUGAUCAGAAGUUUAGAAAGCGAUAAAGCCAAUCUCAAAGUCACCUGCACAACCAAUCGUGACGAAAUUGAGCAAAAAAAUAAUCUCGUCGAGCAGCUAAAGGCGAAGCAAGAAGAGCUUAAGAGAGAACUGGACGAGGAGAGACUGAAAAUGAGCCAAGGCAACGAUGAUCUCGUUACAUCCAAAAGCAGCUCGGAUAAGAGCGACAUUCAAGUUUCUGAGUCAAAGAAAGUCCGUCUUGAAGAAGAUCUGAAUUCGCUGUCGGUUCGUGAGAGCGAUAACAGACAUCGUAGCCACUCGUCUCGGUAUCGAAAUGCCAAGGAGCGUACAAAACGAAAUGCUUACACAUCGGACUCCAUGAUGGGGUCUGCAGCUACUGCAAUCGGCGAUAAUCGAGACAUGAAUACCUCCGUAUGUGUAGUUUCUGACUUAUCGUUAACGGGUGUGCGGGCCGAUUCAGCUACUAGUAUGGAUCGUCGUCGUAGCGACGGCAGCGGCAUGUCCUCUUCGAUGCGCGACAAAUUCGUCAAAAGCACCAACAGUUUCAACCAACAGACCAAAAUUACUUGCAGCAGCUGUAAUCCAGGCGACACAGUACUUGUAAUAUGGAAUCAAGAGCAUAGAAAUUAUACAGUGUUUCAAGAAUCAUCGACUAUAUAUUUUCUAAACUCCGACUGUAUGCCCGCUUUGGAUCUCAAAAUAUCGAGCGACGGAACACCAGAAAAGUUGCAUACUCUUGCUGAAGUUAUCGAUAAAGAGUACUGCUCGGCCAGAAAAACGGAAAAUCGCUACAAAGUACCAAAAGGGACGAAAUUUUAUCGCGUGCGAGUGGCGGCUCACAAAAAGUCAAACGCCGCAGUUACGCCUGGGAAGAGUCAAUAGAAGUUGAGAAAGGCCCUUGGAGAACGAUAUGACAUGUUCUUUAUUUUUAAAUUAAAGUUAUGGAUCGAAAUGAUUUUCGAGCUAUGGUUGAAUCUCGCUAAAAAAUGAAUGGAAGCAUGUGGCUUUAGUGCGUGAAAUGAGUGAAAAAGUGAGUGCAAUGUGAGAUUUGAUAUUGAUUUAAAUCUACGAUAGUUGUAUCAAUGUGAUAAUAGGUAAAAAUCGAAAAAAAAUACUAGAAGAUAAUGGAUCGACGAUUUAAGUAUUUAUAAAUGUCAAAAGCUAAGAGGGCCAUUUCAAAAGUCUAAUUUGAAUUUUUUAUAAUUGUUAAUUUCGUACGAAUUCUAUGAUGAUUCUUAAAAAGAGGAGCAAUUUUUUUUUUUUUUUUUUUAAAACAAACAUCGAUUUUUCUUAAGUCGAAAAAAUCCAAUAAGUUAUAUUACUUAAUAUUAAGUAAAAAGAUACCUGAAAAUUUAUAUUUAAAGUAUUUACAUUCGAUUUCCGAUUGAUUUUUCCAUAAUUAAUUACUUGUACAUUUAAUUUGAUAUAAUAUGAACUUUUUAUGAAAAAGAUAAACUUUAAGUUUCAUCGCUAAACUAAUCACAAUCUGUUUAUGAUUUGUUAUUUGGUGACAUACCAUUAACUUAUAGUAGUCGCAAAUGACUACUUUCAAUCAUAAAUUCAUCAUCCGGACAUUUCAUCAAUCGUGCAAUGAAUUGCGUAUUAUAUACGAUAAGUUACUAAAUUGCUAUAAACCUUACGACAAUUAGUUAUUAACUUAAGAUUGUUUUUCUUCAUUAAGCGUAUAAAAAAUAUUGGAUAUUUAUUAAUGAAAUAUAUAAAGCGUGAAUUUAUAGCAAAAAUAAUUUAAAAAAAACCAUAGGGCACCGACCGUUCUUACCGAUGCACGUAUAUAAUAAUUAUAUACAUUAUAUAUAAAAAUAUAACAUAUAGUGACACUUUGCAUAGAGUGUAACGUAAAAAUAGCUGUGAUCAAUGCGACGUGUUGCCACUCGACGGAAAACUUGCGAGCACAGCAUAAUCGAACUUUUUUACUUUUUUUAUAUAUGUAUUAUCUAAUAAUAUGUAUUACGUAUCUAUUGCGUUUUUACAAUGUACAGAGUGAAAUGAAUUAUUAAUUUUAAUUUCAUGAAUUUGAAGGUUUCGAACUGAGAUUUUCCGGGGAGUGGCCUUCACCUCUAUUAUAAAUAAAUAUUUCUGUCAACGUUUUCACGUCGUAUAUAGUAGUGAAUUAGCAUAUAACAAUUCUCAUGUGAAUUAAAAACAUGAAAGUAGGAAAUGUAACAGUAAUGAUGUUAAACAAUGCUACAUGUAUUUGCCUCUGUUUUUCAUCCCCUCGAUCGAAACUAAGCAGAAGAGCUUCGUUUUAUUUUUAAGUUGAACAAUUCAGAAUGAUAGAAAAACUUGGCUGAAAAUUUGAAAUGGAAUAAAGAAUCAAUUUCUUAAAAUGAUUCUUACAACAGUACACUUUUGGCGUUUAUUAAUAAUAAACACGAUUGUGAUCUAUCUCUUUGUCGUCCAUAACAUUUUAAUAUUUAUACAGAAAUGUAUCAUGACCAAUCUUAAAGUCAAUCCUUUUCAAGAAACCCUGAAUUUUUACUUUAGUAGACUAUUGUAUGAGCCUUGCACAUGCUCAAAAUAAAACUUCCCAUUGUUCGUCGUGUUUUAAAGAAUGAAAAAAUAGAAAAUGGAAAAAAAUGAAAUAGAUAAUGGCGAGUGAUUUCAAAAAAUUCUUGUAAUCUCACGUGCACAUUUCUCAAAAAGUUAAUUAUUAACUUUAUAUAAUACAAUGGGAUAAAGCUCAAACAUCAAAGUUACGUGCCUGCUGUAAAUUUUAUCAAUAAUUAAGUGUAUUAUGUACCUUUUUCAGCUGAUGUGAUGAUCGAAUGUUACUACUAUACUUUCAUUGUUUGUAUACAAGUAAAAGAUUUAGAUUGUGUGAAAACCUGAAUGAAUUGAAACAUGAUGGACUCCAUUGAAAGAGUUUGAAUGAACUUAUUGGCGCAGUUGAAUGCGCCGUGACGAAGCUUAAUAAUAAAAAUCGUUACAAUUAAAGUAGAAAAUCUACAAAAAAUCACCCCUUUAAUCAAAGAGCGUGUAAAGGAAACUAAUUAUUUCUGAUUAAGAUAGAUUCACGAUCGAAGAAAAUGUUGAAAACUCGGCACUUGAAGAACGUGCGAAAGGAUAAGGAUUAUGUAUAAAGAAUUCUCGAUUUAUUUUAUGAGAAGUGAUUAAUACUUUUUUUAUUAUGAUACAAUCCACGCAUGUCACUUUUGAAUGCGAAUCUGUAAUAAAUUGAAAAUUGUAUAGACAUGCAGAAUAGCAUUAUCAUCGUUAUAAAUGAAUAAAAUGCAAAAAAAAUGAUGCAAAAUUAAUUGAUAAUAAAAAAACAAGUGUCUUUUACAUGAGAA